AAAGGACCCUUCACAUCACAUCCCUUUCUCUCGGGCUGCUGCUUUUGACUCUGUGCGGUCGAUCCUCGGGAGAAUCAGUCAGUCCUUCUCCACCGAUGACCUCCAGAGCCCUUUUUAUAUGAGCUCUGUCUGUGCCUUUGUGGCGAACGAGGUUCAGAGCCGCUUCCAGCCCCCUGCAGCCACCCUACCAGUCCCCCCUGUCCUCCCGGUGGCCGUCUCCACCACACGACCAGCUGACAUCCAAGCAGACCCAGCAUCUUCCCACCUGGAAGUUGUGGACAUCACCCCCAAAACAGAGGCAGACCCGGCUUGUUCCCACCUGGAGGUUGUGGACAUCACCCCAAAAACAGAGGCAGACCCGGCUUGUUCCCACCUGGAGGUUGUGAACAUCACCCCUAACACAGAGGCAGACCCGGCUUGUUCCCACCUGGAGGUUGUGAACAUCACCCCUAACACAGAGGCAGACCCGGGUUGUUCCCAACUAGAUAUUGUGGACAUCACCCCAAAAACAGAGGCAGACCCGGGUUGUUCCCACCUGGAGGUUGUGGAUAUCACCCCUAAAACAGAGGCAGACCCGGCAUCUUCCCACCUGGAGGUUCAAGACAUUACCCCAAAAACAGAGGCAGGCCCGGGUUCUUCCCACCUGAAUAAUGUGGACAUAACCAUUAAUACAGAGGCAGAUCCGGCUUCUUCCCACCUGAAUGUUGUGGACGUAACCCCUAACACAGAGGCAGAGCCGGCUUCUUUCCACCUGAAUAAUGUGGACAUCACCCCUAAUACAGAGGCAGAGCCCAUCUCUUCCCUCUUGGAGGUUGUGGACGUCACACCUGAAGAAAGGACUCUCACGAUGGCCGUCUUCACCACUCUGCCAGCUGACAUCCAAGCAGAGGAUGUUGCUGUGGUCAUCCCGGAUGUCACCCCACACGUCACCAAGGACGUGACACUGGAUGUUCCAUGUAGAGCUAGGAAAGGGGCAGUCCGGCGAUUAUUUUGCAGGCUUUGGAAGGCAGUGUGCUGCUGCGCCUGCUACAAGGAAGAGGAGGAACAAUAUUAAUUAUUCAUCAGACAUUCAGAAAUGGGAU